GUUGUCAUUAGUAACAAGCGAAAAUCCUGAUCAUAGAUUCUUCAAGAUUCGACAUUAACUGACCAAUAGAAGCUUAAAAAGAAAAUGGCAGAUUCCCCAACAAGGUCCAAUAUGGAUUCGCCAGAUGCAUCAGUUAUGUCAGGAAAAAAGUCAAGACAAGACAACCAGUCAAGGCAAUCUGGUCGUGUCACUUUCCCAAACUCUGCAAAGUCCAGCUCCAACCAUUCAGUUCUUUCCGAUGACACUGCACCAGCAGGCAAUCCAUUCAAAAUGCCCCCAGACAGUGAUAUCUUCCUGAUGAGGGACAAAGAGAGACAGAGAAAGAAACAGGAAAGGCUACGACAGCGAGACCUGAAAGUCCAUGAAAAGACAACCUAUGCUUCUAAGGUUAACUUUAAAACCGCCCAGAUGAUUAAACCAACAGACUCUGAUGACGAAAAAGAUGAAGAGGAAACAGACAAAGCUGUUGCUGUUAAAGACGAUCCACAGUUUACCAUUGCUGUUACUAGAGAUCGCCAUGUGGAGAAAGAGUCCCUUGCUGAAUACAUUGCAAAGAAAAGAGAAAUGUUCCUAGUCCAAUACUCUCUCGGAGUGAAGAGAGAUGAGACGCAAAAGCUUGAAGAAAUCGCCCAGGCUGAAGAGAGGAAGCUCGAGCUUGCUGAACAAUACCUUGAGGAGGACGCUGCCAUGUUCGAUGAAUUCCUCAAGGAAAACGAUGCCAACUCAAAUGAAGCUGUCAAAAUCGCUGAGUUGGAAACCAAAGCCAAACUAGAGAAAGUCCAAGAAAUAAAGAGAAUCAAUGCUAACAUGAUGUCAAUAAAAUCAGAGAUCUCUAAAUACGAAGACACACUCAAAGAAUACCAGAUGUACAGAGUUUUCCUGGAAAAUCUUACCCCACCAGAAAUCAAGCAAGAUAUGGACUCCAGAAAGCAAAAGAAGCGCGAAGAACGGCGCCGAGUGAGAGAAAAAGAAAGAGCUGCUCAGCGAACCACUUCCGAUCUUGUCCAAGAAAAGCCAGACAGUCGCAAGGGAAAAAGGGCAGGAAGAGGACUCACAGACCUUGCUAAAAAGAGUUCAGCAUCUAAGAGGACAGCAGAACAAGAAAGCACGAUUUCCACGGUGACAGAAUCUGAUGAUGACAGUGAUGAGGAUCUAGAGCUGUUUUUCACGGAUCCCCAGCAGUUGUUGGACAUCUUCGCUGAGCUGGAGGAACAGAACCUCUCCCUGAUCCAGAACAGCCAAGAGACUGAGGAGGCUUUGGAGGAAAUGAAACAGACCAUCAAACUGACCAAGCAGAAAAUGGAAAAAGAAACAGCUAUUUUGAAAGAACAGAUAGACAAACUCAACACACAGAUCAGAAAAGAGGAGAAGCGAGCAGAGGAUUUAAAAAUCAAAGCAAAAAUGUUUUCAUAUGGAGAGUUUAAACAAGAAGAUCAGGAGAAAAUGUUAGGGCAGCUCAACAAAAAAGUCGAGGAAGUAUAUCGAAGCUGUAUAGGCGACAAUGAGGCAAACAUUAGCACACUUCAGAUGUUGACAAACAUUGAGAACCGCCUCGAAGAGCUGUUCGAACAGAUAGAAACUAUGCCACAGGAUAAGGUGGAAGCCGCAGAAAAGGCCAAGGAUAAGGAACGUCGGUUGAAACUGCGCGAGGAGAAGAUGGAACAGCAGCGGUUACACCAGGAGGAGCGUGUACGCAAAGCAUUGGAGCGCGCAAAGGCAGAACCAAAGAAACAGACUGGCAGAAAACUUGUGUUCAGAUCGGAGCCGCCCCGCCACAAGAAAAAGGAAGACGAUAGAAAUGACCUUCAAAGCAAAGAGGAAGAAGAGCUAGCAUAUUUCUUUAGUUGGUAGUUUCGCAUUUUGGGCUGAAUUUUAAGAUGGCAUUUUUUCCCAAAAAAUGAUAAACUACAAAUGUAAGAAAAAAAUAUGCAAAACCAGAAGACUUUUAUUUACAGCAGUGUUAGUAGUUUUCAAUAUUCUUUGCAAUCAUAAUACUAAAAUUUAUGACAUAACUUCAAUGAAGCUUUUAAAACAAUUGAGUGUUCUCUUUUUUUCACUUUAUCUUCACAAAUUAUCACACAGUUAUUUCAGUCUAUGAAUUUAUCUGAAACACGUUAUUCUGAUUCUUCACAAGACAUUGUAUUUAUGCCAUACAUCAGUUCUUUAAAAACACUGUAGAUUGUUUAAAUUUUGCUAGGUCCUUUAUUCCUGAUUUUGAUGUUUUUACCAAUUUGAAAAGUUUUAAUUUGCAAAGCUGUCAUUUUAUCAUAUGCAGACAUCUCUAAGUUGAUAUUUCUGCUAGGUUUUAAAUAUACAUGUGUCUUAAUUAAUUAGCAAGAAAAAAAACACAAAAAUAAAACCUUUAUGGAAUUUUACAAUCUACAGUUCAUCUUUUUCUUUUGAAUUGCGUUAAGUAGAAAUCGGUCUUAUUGUUCAUUAUUAAGUUAGCAGUUAUUAGCAUCAUAUCAAAUAUGUGAUAUGUAAAUUACAUUAAAAGUGAAAAUGGCUUAAAAAACACAUUACACCAUGGCCCUGCUAUUUUUUUCUGGGUCACAAAAAGAGCUAUGAUGUUAUAAUUCUUGCCUACAUCAUAUUUAUCAUAAGACUUAUUUCUUCUUGUUGCAGUUCUUUUUACACACCAGUAAAAAAGGUGCUGAAAAUACACAAACAUUUAGAGUAGGAGAGUAUAGGGCAAUGUUAAGCCUAGCCUAGGUCAAAUGCAAAUGUGGGAACAUUGUUCUAUGUGAUUUACAUUAUAUUUUUGUGCUUAAAUUCGAGACUGUGUCAUAAGUCUGUAAUAAAUGUGACUUUUUUCAUAUAUCUGAAAGCAUUGUAAUACAACACAUGUAUAUAUACAGUAUGAACUUAUUUGAUUACAGAAAUGACCGGAAUUCUUUUACAUGUAUUUUUGUUAUUAUAUUUAUUAUCAGAUAUUGCAACAACCCAAGAGUCUCAUAAUUGAAAGCAGUGUUAACAGAAAAUAUUUAAUGAUCUAAAUACUGUUGUUCUCAAUCUGAACACUGUUACUCUUGAAGAAAUUGAAAACAUGUGCAAAUAAGAACUAAUUUGUGACCUUAAAUAGCCUGAAACAGUCCCUAUAUCUCUUGCUUUGUAUCUUACAAUUGAACAUUGUACGAUUUUGAACAUCCAUUUUCAUUUAUACGAGUAGAUUAAUAGUUUAAUCCGUCAUUCGUAAAAAGAGUAUGAUCCAGUAUUAACUGGGUUUUUUAUGACAAUGUAUACUUAUCUGUAUACAUGUACUGCCAUUUUAUUCGCUCUUUGUGAUAGAUCAUAAACAUAUUGUAUUAUAAAUUUAUUGAAUAAUUUAUCAAAUGUAUUUUAUGUCUCAUAAUUUGAGAAAAUUUCAAAUGUAUAGUUUUCUGUUAGUGAUAUUUGACCAUUUAUAAUCAUGUCUAAAAAUUGAAGAAAAAAAAUGAA